AUGUCUACCAACGACAACACCUCUUCCCUCAAGUCAGUUGUUGAUACUGCUACAGGUUAUGUGCAGUCUGGCAUUGCCUCCUUGACUGGCAGCGCUGGUGAUCAGGCUAAAGCAGACGAAUACAAGAACGCGGGCGCUGCUGAGUCUGACUUCUCUCACACCGCAGCAAAAGCUGGUCCUUUCACCAUCAGCUCCUCCGGUGCACCUGCAAAAGACAACCCGGACCGCAGCCAGGGUCAAUGGGAUCAGACCAUGGGCAGUGCCAAGGAGACUGUCGGUGGUCUUCUAGGCAACGAGAAUCUCAAACACCAGGGCCGCGAGCAGAACCUCCAAGGUCAAGGUCAAGAAGCGAAGGGUCAAUUAUCUGAUCUUAGUCAAGGAAUUAGUGAUCGUGUCCAGGGAUCUCUUGGUGGCGCCGUUGCUGGCCUAACCGGUGAUCGUGAAUCUCAAGCCAAACAUGCCCAGCAGCAUGACGAAGGGAAGACCAGACAACGUGGAGUUGAAUUGGAUCUGGACGAACAGGCCAAGGCACAGGAGAGAUCGAGCGCCUGA